AUGCCUGCUAGAGCAGUUAGACGAACACCCGAAGAACAACGAAUUUUUCAAGAAGCUAAACGACUUCGAGAUAAAGAAAAUUUACGUCACAGACGUCAAGCAGCUCGAAACCGAUUGAGGGUACGAGCUACAGGAAUAGACGAAGAUUACUUAGGACCAAUGAAUGUACUAUGUUCACAUUGCAAUGUUAAACAUUUUCAAGAUGAAAAGAUUUCUAAUAAAGGUUUAUCAUUCAGUAACUGUUGUAGCCAUGGUUCUGCUUUAUUAGAUCCUUUACCUACAUUUCCUUCCGAACUUCAAUCACUAUUCACAGACAACAAUCCAAAAUCAAACUUAUUUAUAAAAGACAUUAGAUCCUACAACAAUUCAUCAGCUUUUGCUUCUUUAAAUGCCAACUUAUUUAAUUUUACACCUAAUCGUCCUGGACCUUUUUGUUUCAAAAUACAAGGUCAAAUUUAUUACCAGAUAAAUACAGCAUUGUACCCGAAUGAAGGAGAAAAUCCAUCGUUUGGACAACUUUUUAUAGCCGAUCAAUUAGAAGCAUUAAAUUAUCGUUUGAGUAACAAUUCUACAUUAGAUUUUGAACUUUUAAAAUCUUUGGAUACAAUUAUACGUGAAAAUAAUAUUUUUACUCAAUCUUAUGAAAUAAUGAGAGUUGAAAUUGAAAGACAACAAGUAUUACAAGGUAAUAAUAAUCUUACUGAGGCUGAAUUGCAGCUGUUAUUUACUUUACAACCAAAUGUCGAUAAAAGAAGAUACAAUUUCCAACGCGUUAACGAAGUUGCUGCUGUAUUUUCAACAACAGCAGACGGAGAAAUUCCAGAAUCGUAUGUAACGAUUAGAAACAAACGUACAAAAGAUUUAAAAUUUGUCAGCACAAUGAAUCCAAAUGUUGAACCUUAG